AUGGAAGACCAGACAGGAAACGAUACGGAAGUGCCAUGUUUACUUUCUCUAUCGUUUGAUAGCAGAAAGAUAGUAUCCAACGGCGAUAAGCAAUUGUUGCAAGUGUGUAUCGAUGACGCAUCACUAUGGUGUCUCUUGGCAAUCUUAUUCAUUGUGUUCGUUUUGAUUGUUUUGAUUGUCUUGAUGAUGCGAUGGUCCACUUUGUCAUUCUCACCACACAUGAAGUGCUGCUUUUUCAAUGUUUGUUUAAAUCCAGUGUAUGAUUCGCAGAAAUGGUGUGCUUCUCUGUUCAGUUCUUGUAGUAGUAGUACUGUUGCUGAUAAUUGUGCAUUGGAACUGUUCGACGAUCAUCAUCAUCAUCCUCGUUCGUCUUUGGUUGAGAAUGGAAUACUACUCGAUGAAGAUGCCAUCACGACCAUGCAACAUCAUGUUUCACACCAACUUCGAACUGCAAGUAUGGCCAUCGGUGGGAGUCUCGACAUUUUGAAGGAGUUUCUUGAUCAAGAAACAGUUGCUCAAGACGACAGCAGCAGUCGUAGUGUCUAUUGUGAAUGCAGACAUCAUCCAAUGAAGAGUUUCAGAUCAUCAUCGGAACGACUCGAGUUACUCAAUUACAUUGAACAAGCAAAUGAAAUGCUCCUCUCAUUGGCAGUAGAAAUUGCUGGAAAAAGCAUGGUUUCCACCGAUCGAUGA